UUUACUAUAAGAUAUCAAGUGGCUUUGUAGCACUUCUUCAGAUGGCUCAAACCACACUAAAUAUAUCAGUCUCGUUACCCCUAUUCUUUCUGAUAACCAUUCUGGUCAGCUUGGAAGCCAAAGUCAUAAAGAUGAAAGAGACCAACAUGGUAUUCUACAUGCAAGAUUGGGAGACAGGUUCGAACGUGACUGCGAUCUCGGUUGCCGGACUCAAUGGCACGAAUUCAAGUCCACUAAACUUCGGAACCAUCGCCGUGUUGGACGACCCAAUCACCAUAGGCGUCGAUAGGUACUCGAAGCAGAUAGGACGAGCGCGAGGGAUAUUUUCUGCAUCGGCCUUAGACGGCUCCACCAUACAUCGGAUUUUCUCGUUCGUGUUCACUGAUGGAGAGUACAAAGGCAGCACCCUACAGAUACAAGGUUUGGAGGUCUAUCGCACGAAGCGUAGGGAGUUGUCGGUGGUGUCUGGAACGGGUUUGUUCCGAUAUGCGAGAGGCUAUAUUGUCUUUGAGUCUGCGUUCAUGGACAUUCCCAAUCUCAAUGCAGUGCUGAAGGUUACUGUUACGGUUCGGCAUUACUGAGUUCAUGACUCGGUCUGGUUGAGUUCGUUUGAAAUCUACUUGUUUAAUCAGUUCAUAUUUUGCAUGUGUUUUUGGUUUUCUCUGCUUAAAUCAAGUAUGGUGUUUUAAAAUCUGCCAUUUGUUUUAAGUAUUUUUGCUUUUCUUUUUAGUUUUAUGAUUAUGUAUGUGAUGUAGAAUAUUCAGACCAUUUAUAUGGUUUGGAUGAAGGGUUAGGCAAAAAAAAUUAGGUUGUUUUGCAACUCAGGCGGGAUCUAAUGAAAAUUAAGGGUGGGCAUUCC